AUGACCUCUCCAGAAGAAACCUCUGCUGGCCGCGGACGUCGUCGCUCCUAUCACGCUUGUUUAACUUGCCGGGGAGAAGCCCGCUUGCUCCAGUUGCGUCCGUUUAAAGCAAUCGUGCGCCUAUCCGCCGGCGGUGCGCACAACGAGAACUGGUCGAUCACACAGGAAGUAACAUUCAAACCCGUCGAAAAGCAAACCCCGCCAUCUGCCCAGCAGCCUUUGAUUGAUGUGACUGCCAAUGGGGGGCCCGGGCCCGCUGAUGUUGGCUUGGGCAUCCGAUUAUAUUUCGAAUAUUGUCACAGACAGCCAAUGUGGUGUUUCGAAUAUGAAGACGUUGGCGAUUUUACGCAAUUAUCCAAAGAGCUGGCUUGCAGCAUCUUGGCACUUACAGCCCGGUUCUCACCGAUGCGCGAACGUCUUGAAAAAUACAACAGCGAUGCAAAGCGACUCAUCAUGCUCCGUAUUGCGAGCAGCACAGUAGAGGUUUCCACCAUCGAGAGCCUCUGCCUACUUGCUUACUCUUCAUUUAUCGAUGGAAAUGUCAGUUUGGGUCAAUUUCACCUUGGCCUUGCUUUUCAACUAUGUCGGUCGGCGAUGCUCGACGUGGAGGCGAGCUACUCUGAUAAAGAUCCCGCUACGCAAAGAAAACGCAAGCUCUUCUGGAGUUUACAAGUCUUGGAGCAAUAUUACGGGAAGCAGACAGGCCUCCUCAGUCUGCCAACCGAGAUAUUGAGGCCGUCAUAUGCGUCAUCAGUCUCUCGAGACAUUUCUCGAUCAGAAACGGAAAACAAGCCCCCUCCUCUUCCGAGAGACGACUUGGGUCAUUCCAGACCCACGCCAGACGAACCAGGUGUGUGGAAUACCAGCGUACAUCUCGGAUGGGUAUGGAGUCGAGUACGCAAAUAUGUUUCCGACUGCGCCCAAAACAUAUUUAAUGAGCCAUGGCGUCGAGACUCAAUGUACAGUUCUGUCCUGUCGGAUUUCAUGGACGCCGAAAAUAGGAUUCCCAUGUGUCAUCGAUAUGACACGGUCAAAUUUUACGAGAGAAAGGUUGAUGAACUCAAAGUCAACCGAGGGUACUGGACGACGUGGCUCAAAGAACAAUUUACAUAUCAUGCCAUACAAACUGUCCUCAACCACCCAUUUCUGUAUAUUAUCGGAGCCCAACACAACUCCAAUCUCGCCAUUCCCAACACUUUCUGGCGUCGGUCCUCGGAACUUGCCCUGAUACAUUCCACCUGGAUCGUGCGUCUUAUUGACAUGGCCGUGGACAAACAAGUCCAGCUUAUCGAUCCAUUUUUCGGCCACAUUGCAGCCAUUGCCGCCACCGUGCAUCUGUACUACUGUUGCGCUGCUGCUGCCAAGUUGAAGCACAAGUCGAAUACGGAUUUUGCUAAAUGUCGGCGCUUUUUAAAGUGCUUUAUUCCAUUCUCUCCUGCUUGUGCAGCAUUGGAUAAAAAUCUGGACAAAAUGGCAAGAAUUGCUUCCGGCUCAGAUUCCGUCGAUGUGGAGGACUGGAUGCCGUCGAGAAUCUACCUCAGCGUCCCACUCAUGUGGGACAUUUUGCAGUUUACAUGCGUUUCUGGUUCGCCAGGCAUCUUUACAAAUGAUUUGGCGCAUGCGCCUCAUCAUAGAGAUGCCAUGGAAGAGAAUUGCGUCUUGGAAAUCGUGGUGGCGACGUCGCCAGAGAUUAACAUCAACACGGCAGAUGGCGGCCAAGAAGCGCCGACCGUGUCUUACAAGGCAUCGGUAUCACCAGGCGGCAAUCCGACUCAUUCUCUGAUUCAUACUGAGCCGGUGCCGUUGGCCGACAACUUGACCAUGAAUACGACACCGUGGCUAUAUGAAGAUUCGUCUCAGUUUACUGGCCUGGGCGACAUUGAUCUGCUGGAUGCACAGUCGGAGGGUGGCGAUGAAAACGGCAUGAUUUGGUGGGAGGGUGACGUAAAUAAUUCCUUGUUUAGCCAUUUCUAG